AUGCUGUCGGAUGCAGACUACUCCGGGAAUGCCUCUGGUGCUCGGCGAGCCAAGAAGAGGAGCUCCGGGGAGUCCCCGGGGGACGGCCAGACCCUGCGUUCCUCUGGGAGGCAGAUCAAUGUCCGGGUGAAGCGCACAAACAAUCCUCCACCUGGACAGAGCAAAAGAAAAGCCACAGACACAGAGGAGGAAGAUGACCAGUCUGAGAAAAAGUACAGAAAGUGUGAGAAGGCUGGAUGCUCUGCCACAUACCCAGUUUGUUUUGCAAGUGCAUCUGAAAGGUGUGCUAAAAAUGGAUACACAUCUCGCUGGUAUCACCUGUCUUGUGGUGAGCAUUUUUGCAACGAAUGUUUUGAUCACUACUACAGAAGUCACAAAGAUGGCUAUGAGGUAUUUGCUUCGUGGAAGAAGGUUUGGACUAGUAAUGGGAAAAGUGAGCCCAGUCUUAAAGCUUUCAUGGCAGAUCAGCAGCUACCAUACUGGGUUCAGUGUACUAAACCAGACUGUAGGAAGUGGCGUCAGCUAACCAAGGAGAUCCAACUCACUGCUUCCCUAGCAGCAACGUACCGCUGUGGAAUGAAGUUCAACAACAUCAAGAGUGAGGGACCAGAUCAGUGUUCCCAACCCGAGGACUUGAGAGUGGCAGAGGUGACUGACAGCUGGUGGCAUUCAAUGUUGAUUUUGCCGCCUUUAUUCAAAGACAGUCCAGCCAGCCCAUUCCUCGCUGCCUACUACCCCGACUGUGUGGGGAUGAGCCCAUCAGGCUCUCCCAGCAACAUUUCUCUGUCUGAGCUGAGGACCGAUCACUGCAGAGCCGUCCAGCCACAAAUUCCAGGCCUGUGUCCAUACUUCCAGCCCUUCUACCAGCCUAAUGAGUGUGGCAAGGCUCUGUGUGUUCGUCCGGAUAUGAUGGAGCUGGAUGAGCUUUAUGAGUUUCCGGAAUUUUCCCGAGAUCCCACCAUGUAUUUGGCUUUGCGUAACCUUAUUCUGGCUUCCUGGCACAAGAAUUGCAAGGAGGUGCUGACUUCCCAGAAAUGUGCUCUGCACAUCAUUGUACGGGGGUUGGUGCGAGUGCGCUGUGUGCAGGAGAUGGACCGGGUGCUCCACUUCAUGACCAGGAAGGGCCUCAUCAACACUGGUGUGCUGGCAGUGAAACGGCCUCUGCUCCCUGAAAAACAUUGCUCUAGGAACGUUAUCAUAAUCGGUGCUGGGGCUUCAGGGCUGGCUGCUGCACGACAGCUGCAAAACUUCGGCACUCAGGUGGUGGUGCUAGAGGCAAGGGAGAGAAUUGGAGGUCGUGUGUGGGAUGAUACUUCUCUGGGCGUCACUGUUGGUCGAGGAGCUCAAAUUGUCAAUGGUUGUGUGAACAACCCCAUCGCCCUGAUGUGUGAACAGAUGGGCAUCAAGAUGCACAAGCUGGGAGAGCGAUGUGACCUCUUUCAGGAGGGGGGGCAGGUCACUGACCCGGCCAUUGAUAAGCGCAUGGACUUCCACUUCAAUGCCAUCCUGGACGUGGUGUCAGAAUGGAGGAAGGACAAGUCCCAGAGCCAGGACACACCGCUGAGAGAAAAAGUCCAGGAGGUGAAGAAGAACUUUCUUCAAGAGUCUGGAAUCCAGUUCAGUGAGUUGGAGGAGAAAGUGCUUCAGUUUCAUCUUAGCAAUCUCGAGUUCGCCUGUGGAAGCACAUUAGACCAGGUAUCAGCAAGAUCCUGGGACCACAAUGAGUUUUUCGCCCAGUUCUCAGGAGACCACACUUUACUCACAAAGGGCUACUCUGCUUUACUCCACAAGCUUGCCGAGGGCCUCAACAUCCACACAAAGUGCUCGGUUCAGGCCAUUGAUUACUCAGGUGAUGUUGUCAAAGUUACCUCCUCUAACGGGUCCCAGUGGACAGCACAGAAGGUUCUUGUUACGGUCCCAUUGACUUUGCUGCAGAAGAACUUCAUUCAGUUCAACCCUCCACUUCCUGAAAGGAAACUGAAAGCAAUCCACAGUCUGGGAGCUGGUAUCAUAGAAAAAAUCGCUCUUCAGUUCCCGUACAGAUUCUGGGACAACAAAAUCCAGGGGGCAGACUACUUUGGUCACAUACCACCAAGUCCUGACAAGAGAGGCAUGUUCAGUGUCUUCUAUGACAUGGAGCCACAGGGGAAGCAGGCUGUCCUCAUGUCUGUCAUCACUGGUGAUGCUGUACCUACUGUCCGAGACAUGGAAGACAAGGAGGUGGUGGAUGAGUGCAUGAAGGUCCUGCGUGAACUUUUCAAAGAGCAGGAGGUCCCAGAACCGCUGAAUUUCUUUGUCACACACUGGGGCAAAGACAUGUGGUCCCAGAUGUCUUACAGCUUUGUGAAGACAGGGGGAAGUGGAGAGGCCUAUGACAUCCUUGCUGAAGACGUGCAGGGAAAAGUGUUCUUUGCUGGAGAGGCCACCAACAGACAUUUCCCUCAGACUGUGACAGGAGCAUACCUGAGUGGGGUCAGAGAGGCCAGCAAGAUGGCUGCCAUCUGAACUCUGUCAGUCCCUGAGCACUCACAAACACCAGCAUGGACACACGGGUUGCACUGAGCAACAGACCGUUAAACAACCUGGACUGCAUUACCCUGAACUGCUCCACUCUAAACGAUAUUUCACUGUACUGUGACGUGUCUGAUCAGCAAGACGCUGUUUGUCACUCUCUGAUAGCGGGGUCAAGUCGGGCUUUCCGGGGCCCUGCUCUAUAUGUUUUACACAACAGAAGCGCUUUAUUAUUUAUAUCAAAAAUCCAGCUGGUAAAACAUUUGUUGGUGAAGAAAUGCAAAAAGAAUAACAAUGCAUGAAUAAUGGAUAAUCCCUGUGCAGCUCUGUCUGGGUCUGCUGUGCUGGAAAACAGGAUGUUACCUUUAAGUUGAGUGUAAUGAGUGGUGUACGUAGCACUUCUGUGAUGAAAUAGUCAGAUUUUUUUGAGAGAGAGAUUAGGGUUGCAUGAAACAUUGGUUAACUCUCAGUUGUCUAAUCAUGGUUGGUACAAAGGGUGAAGUGAAAUGGGAAAACGGUGAGAUGUAUAGUAGAAAUACUUCUGUGGUAGCACUUUUGAUUUAAAAACAGUAAGAAAUUAAAUAAAUAGUUAUGUGUAUGACAAGAUGAAUUCUCUGUAGGACUGAGUGUGAUCAGAAGAUUGUCCCCUUACUAUCUCAGGGAUGUGAUCAAGACAACGACACCUAGCAGAAAAUGAUAAAAGGUGAUAAUGAUUGUGAUUGGUUGAAAUGGAUUAAAAAAACAGCAACCAAAGGAGGAAAUAAGCUCUCCACGUUUCUCUUUAUUAGUUCCUGAACAAUGAGGUUUGGGAACAGCACAACACUGUCCUCACUUUCUGUGAUUAAUGUUGACUAAUGAAGCUUUACAUGUCAUAUCUCUGUCUGGAUCUGUACAUCUCAAUGAUCAUGUCCUGUUUGUCCAGCAUUACAGUGUUUGAGUAUUUAUCUUGUAUGUGUGUAAUAAACUGAGCUAUCAACUGCCA